GGAUUGAGUGGCUCGCUUAAAGGUAGGAAUGUUGAAAGACUGCAAAUAGAGUCGAAUAUAGCACCGCCUUUUUCUUUGUUCUUGCUGGCUGGCACGCCAUGCCUUACUUUGUUGGAAUUCAUCGCAGCCACAAGUGCCAGCUCCUCGGUAUGCUUUUGACUCCGCCUCGACACCUUGUCGCAAUAUCUUGCAGAAAACUCUCUGAACCUCAUCGGUUUCUGAAAACAUUCAUGUAACACAACCUCAUGCUUCUAUAUCGUCAGUAAUCUACUGAAGCAGUCAUCUUUUCUAAACGUACCUCACUUCGAUCUAUAUUCAUCAUGCAUUUCCCCACAGAAUUUCUCUUUCUAAUUGCGCCUUUGUUCGUUGAAGCUCAAGGCACCCCAUCAUCGACUUCAACAGCCCCUGUUGCUACCCAGUCAAUACAAGUGGGAGCAGAAGGAUUAAGCUUCACCCCUCCCACAGUGACAGCGAACGUCGGCGAUAUCGUUGAAUUCCGAUUUUACCCUCAAAACCACUCUGUUGCCCGAGCAGACUUCGAGACGCCGUGUAUACCAUAUGAGGAUACUGGACCCGGUCGAGUGGGAUUCUGGUCUGGGUUCCAGCCUAUUGCAGUUGUACUGUCGAACCCACCAACUUUCCAGGUGGUUAUCAAUGAUACGGAACCAAUUUUGUUUUAUUGUUCAGCGCCUGGGGCUUGCAUUAAUGAUGGCAUGGUCGGAGUCAUCAAUCCCAACAGCACAGAGACUUUUGCAAUCCAACAAGCUUAUGCAAAAAACUCAACCCUAAUGUUUAGUCCUGGUCAAUACUUCCCUGCCGAAACAUUAUCAACAACAGCUACAACAGCCACUGCUACUUCUUCAUCCACAGCAUCAUCUACCGCUAAGCCAACUUCGACUUCGCUCCCCGUUGCUUCAUCGAGUCCUUCGCUCUCUGGCGGUGCUAUUGCCGGCAUAGCCAUUGGAGCAUUCUCAGUGCUAGUAAUAGGAGCCGCCCUCAUAUACCUCUGCGGCCGUCAACGAACAAUGGGCGAAAUAAUCCGAAACAGUCACUACCCACCACCCCCACCGCCAACCUAUCAAGGCCACAUGUCCAUGACUUCCACAAUAUACCAACCCAAAGGACCAAAUAUGGAAGUCGACGCCCUCGGUUUCCGCACCUUUUCAGGCUCUCAGAAUCCGUAUGACCGCUCACCUGUAGAUGAAGAGAGCUAUCAACCGAGAAGUCCGCAUGAGGAUACGGGUCUCGGCGGUGCUGCGAGUCCUGAUCUCGAUAGUCCUUUGAUUGGUAGACCGAUACCAUUGAGUCCUGGACGAGAUGCUAUGAGUCCGAUGACGCCGAUUGGGGAUCGAUAUCAGUCGAUAGUGUCGGAUAUCCCGCCGCCGCUAAGAUUAACCGUGCCGGAACCUGAAGGCCCUCAUGAGCUUUCUGUGGAGUCGGAUAGGCAUUAUUUGCCGUAUAAGAGUCCUGAGUUUACGGAUCAGCGUCCGAUAUGAAGGACUGGUUCAAAAGUUGGGUCUUUAGCGUUAGGGAGCGAUAUGCCUAUAUGAUAUAAAGCGGAAUGGUGUUGAAGGCGUUGAAGGUUUUCGAUACCACAAUGAGAUUCUGAUGUUUGAGCAUAUUUCUGCGCGUGUAGCUUAGUAUAAAUUAAUUUGAGGCUCAUUGCUAGGAC